CUACUUCCUGGAGAGGCGGGAGGUGCUGGGAAUUGUGGGAGGGGAAGAGGAGGGUCUCCUCCUGAGCAUUUUGGGAAGAGGGCAAGGCCCAGUGUGUCCUGCAUGGAGGCCAGAGGAAGAGGUGUGCUUAGGUCCAAGAUGGUCUCCAAACAUAUGGAGAGAAAAGAAGCUACACUAAAUUUCUCCUCCAUGGAAGAAACUGCAGGAGAGAAUACCUUGGAACAGAUGACCUUUGAGGAUGUCGCUGUGUUCUUCACAGAAGAUGAAUGGGAAAUGUUGAAUCAGAAUCAGAGAUCUUUGUAUGAGGAAGUGAUGAUGGAAAACUAUGAGAAUGUGUCCUCUUUGGCUUCUGUCAUUGAAGGUCCACAAUAA